GCCGGGGCUCCCCAACUACUUCAGCCCAAGUUCGCUCAGGCCCCCCGCCUGCUUGGCCUUCCCCUCCUCCCUGCAGCCUCGCGCUCCGCGGACAGCGCCCGCCCCGGGUGCGAGUGUCUGCACCCCAGCCCCGGCCCGGGGGCGGCCUGGGUGUGAGGGAAUUUUCCGCUUGUUCCUUUCUCGGGCUCAGACCGGUUCAGUGCUUCUCCCACUCGGAUGUUCCCGCGGCUUAAAGAGUCCACAGCGAGCACCGAAAUACCUCUUCCAGGGCGGGUUUUCGGGGGUGUGUUUGUGUGUGCUGGUGUGGGGAGGGCAGCGGAAAGAAGAGAAGAGCUAUUUUGGAAAAAAAAAAAAGUCAUGGUUCUGUGGCACCGGUAGGAUACCUUUAACAAAUGAGGGAGAGGUGGGGGGAGAGAAGGAGAAGGAGAAGGAGGAGGAGGAAGGUGGGGGGCGGGGGGUGUGGAGAGGCUGGUGCAAAAGGAAUGCGCGUUUGCAGGAGGAGGAGUAAAGCGAUGAUUGUGUAAUUAAAUAAUAAAACAAUCCUUAAGUCUGAUUUGGAGAGAGCUCGAGCGGGGUCCAGAGGGUGGAACCGGUGAAUUUUUCAACUUCCAAGUUUUGCAACGAAAGAAAGCAAGAGAGGGAGGGAAAAAAAAAAAAAAAAAGCCCAGAGCAGAAAAGAGAGGAGUUUGGAGCCGAGCGGGAGAGCGGGAUUUAUCGUUUGGAAUUUUUCAGGAUAUCAUUUCGAUCCCCCUGGGCUCUGGGCAGCGGCGGCAACAGCAGCCUCUACGCUCGGCCGGGUCAGACGCGGGGCGAGGCGGGCGGGUGGGCGGCCGGGCGCCGAAGACCCGGGGCGGGCGGCGGCGGCUGCAGCCGGGGACCACGCGCCGCGAACCUCUUCCGCCUGGGAGAUCAGCGCUCGCGCCCCCUCCCUCACCCCGGCCUCUCCCUUCUUCCCCACCCCACCCCUGCCCUCUCCCGCGCGCGCCCCGCCACCCGCGCGCACUCGCUCGCGCUGUCCCUCGCGCACACACAUGGUCGGCUCGCGGCAAAGUUUCGCCAGCGAUCACCACUCGGGGAUCCUGCCGCAGUGCUUGGGGCUGUAACCUUGAACUUUCCCAGCGCGGUGACACAUUCUCCCCGCUCUCCCUCCCGCCCGCCCGCCCUCCUGCGCCCCCCUCCCCGCCUUUUUUGAAAAAGCAUUUCACCAUCAACCAUCACCCCAAUCCAACUCACGCCGAACCUUCGUGCACCCCCGAACCCCCAACAACAACAACAACUGCAAAACAGAAAACAAAUCCCCAAACCCAGGCGAAAAGCAGCCAACACCGGUGGCGGCGGUGGCCUCGGCAAGCACGGCCAGCGCGCUCGGACUGCAAGAGGGUUAAAAGUGUAGAUUGGAUUUCACCCCGGGAAAUCUAGCACGCGGAGUGAACUUGAAUCUUUGGCUAUUUAAGGAGGACUGGGUUUGUUGUGAAGUUGCGGUGAUCCAGCGCAGAGCCCCGUCCUGAUUGAUCGCAUCGCGGGCUCAGAUGACUGUAAAAUGAAUAGAUGAAAUUCUUGCUUCUCGAAGAUUUUCGUGGGCAUCUCCGGGAAAGUGCGUUUUAAGGCGAAGUCAUGAUGUAUUCUCCCAUCUGUCUCACUCAGGAUGAAUUUCACCCAUUCAUCGAGGCACUUCUUCCACACGUCCGUGCAAUUGCCUAUACUUGGUUCAACCUGCAGGCUCGAAAACGCAAGUACUUUAAAAAGCAUGAGAAGCGAAUGUCAAAGGAUGAAGAAAGAGCAGUCAAAGAUGAGCUUCUCAGUGAAAAGCCUGAAAUCAAACAGAAGUGGGCAUCCAGGCUCCUGGCCAAACUGCGCAAAGAUAUCCGCCAGGAGUAUCGAGAGGACUUUGUGCUCACCGUGACUGGCAAGAAGCACCCGUGCUGUGUCUUAUCCAAUCCCGACCAGAAGGGUAAGAUUAGGAGAAUCGACUGCCUGCGACAGGCAGACAAAGUCUGGCGUCUGGAUCUAGUCAUGGUGAUCCUGUUCAAAGGCAUCCCCUUGGAAAGUACCGAUGGAGAGCGGCUCAUGAAAUCCCCACAUUGCACAAACCCAGCACUUUGUGUCCAGCCACAUCAUAUCACAGUAUCAGUUAAGGAGCUUGAUUUGUUUUUGGCAUACUACGUGCAGGAGCAAGAUUCUGGACAAUCAGGAAGUCCAAGCCACAAUGAUCCUGCCAAGAAUCCUCCAGGAUACCUUGAGGAUAGUUUUGUAAAAUCUGGAGUCUUCAAUGUAUCAGAACUUGUAAGGGUAUCCAGAACGCCCAUAACCCAGGGAACUGGAGUCAACUUCCCAAUUGGAGAAAUCCCAAGCCAACCAUACUAUCAUGACAUGAACUCGGGGGUCAAUCUUCAGAGGUCGCUGUCUUCUCCACCAAGCAGCAAAAGACCCAAAACUAUAUCCAUAGAUGAAAAUAUGGAACCAAGUCCUACAGGAGACUUUUACCCCUCUCCAAAUUCACCAGCUGCUGGAAGUCGAACAUGGCAUGAAAGAGAUCAAGAUAUGUCUUCUCCGACUACUAUGAAGAAGCCUGAAAAGCCAUUGUUCAGCUCUGCAUCUCCACAGGAUUCUUCCCCAAGACUGAGCACUUUCCCCCAGCACCACCAUCCCGGAAUACCUGGAGUUGCACACAGUGUCAUCUCAACUCGAACUCCACCACCACCCUCACCGUUGCCAUUUCCAACACAAGCUAUCCUUCCUCCAGCCCCAUCGAGCUACUUUUCUCAUCCAACAAUCAGAUAUCCUCCCCACCUGAAUCCUCAGGAUACUCUGAAGAACUAUGUUCCUUCUUAUGACCCAUCCAGUCCACAAACCAGCCAGCCUAACAGCAGUGGUCAAGUAGUAGGGAAAGUGCCUGGCCAUUUCACUCCUGUCUUGGCACCCUCUCCCCAUCCCAGUGCAGUGCGACCUGUGACCCUGAGCAUGACAGAUACUAAACCCAUCACUACAUCCACUGAAGGUGAGGCAGCUUCACCUACAGCAACCACCUACACAGCCUCAGGCACAUCUCAAGCCAAUCGAUAUGUGGGACUAAGCCCAAGAGACCCAUCCUUCCUACAUCAGCAACAGCUGAGGAUUUGUGACUGGACCAUGAAUCAAAACGGCAGGCAUUUAUACCCCAGUACCAGUGAGGAUACAUUGGGAAUUACUUGGCAAAGUCCUGGUACCUGGGCUAGCUUGGUUCCUUUCCAAGUGUCAAAUAGGACACCCAUCUUACCGGCAAAUGUCCAAAAUUAUGGUUUGAACAUAAUUGGAGAACCUUUCCUUCAAGCAGAAACAAGCAACUGAGGGAAAAAGAAACACAACAAUAGUUUAAGAAAUUUUUUUUUUAAAAAAAGGAAAAGAGGAAGACUGGACAAAACAAAACAAAGGGAGAAAGGAAAGAAACUGAAGAAAGAAGAUAAUAGACCAGCAAUUGCAGCACUUACAAUCACUAAUUCCCUUAAGGUUGAAACUGUAAUGACAUGAAAAGGGUCGAUGAUAUUUCACUGAUGGUAGAUGGAAGCCCCUGCAACGUAGCCUUUGUUACAUGAAGUCCGCUGGGAAAUAGAUGUUCUGUCUCUAUGACAAUAUAUUUUAACUGACUUUCUAGAUGCCUUAAUAUUUGCAUGAUAAGCUAGUUUUAUUGGUUUAGUAUUCUUGUUGUUUACGCAUGGAAUCACUAUUCCUGGUUAUCUCACCAACGAAGGCUAGGAGGCGGCGUCAGAGGUGCUGGGUGACAGAGCCAUGAGCCAGCCAUUUUAUAAGCACUCUGAUUUCUAAAAGUUAAAAAAAUAUAUAAAAUCUCUGUAGCCUUUAGUUAUCAGUACAGAUUUAUUAAAUUUUGGCCCUUAACCCAGCCUUUUCCAGUGUGUAACCCAGUUUGAAAUCUUAAAAAAACAAAAAAUGAAAAAAAAAGGAAAAAAAGAAAAAAGGAAAAAAACAGUUUGAACACAAAGGCUCUAUGGAAGAAAUGCCUCUAUGUAGGUGAAGUGUUAUCUCUGCAUGCAACAGUAAAAAUUAAUAUAAUAUUUUCCCCACAAAAGAAACACUUAACAGAGGCAAGUGCAAUUUAUAAAUUUAUAUCUAAAGGGGAACCAUGAUUAUAAGUCCUUCAGCCCUUGGACUCUAAAUUGAGGGGAUUAAAAAGAAUUUAAAAUAAUUUUGAACGAAUUUAUUUUCCCCUCAGUUUUUGAGGGCAUUAAAAAGGCAUUAAAUCAAGAUAAAUCAUGUGCUUGAGAAAAAUAAAAUUAAUGAAAACACAGCACUUAUGUUGGUUUAGCUGCAGCCUCCUUGGAGGUAGAAUUUAUUUAUUUAAAAUUACUGGUUGCAUCAAGAACCCAUAGGGUGUAUAAAAGGUUCUAUAAAAUCUGCAUUCUAGAGACAAAGAGGCAGGCAAAUCCAUGUCACAAGGGUAAAGCUUACAGUUUACAAACUGGGAACGCCAGGGUGUAGGAUAUAAGAAAACGCACUCUUGAGAAAACAAAUGGAAUCAGGGUGCUGAAAACUUGCAUGGUGCUUUCAGACAUUAGCCUUGUUCAACAAAUUUCUUGUAUUGACAGAUCCAUAGUGUGCAUGGGCAGACACAUUUUGCCUCUAUGUCUCUUAAAAUUUUAAUUAAAAAUACUCUUUCCAGUAAUCCUAAUUUGCACGAAGAUAUAAUGUCCACAUUACGUGCCUUGCCUUGAAAUCUAAAAAACAAAAAACACAAAAAAACAAAAAAAAAACAACAAAGUGACAUCACUACACUUGUUUUGCUGCAUUUAUUAUCAUUUUAAAUCUUUACCAUUUUUAUGACAAAAUAUUUUGUACUCCAGACGAAGAAAAAUGUGUGACAUCAUGGAUUUUUUAGACAGUUAUACCUUUAUCUCACAUUUAUAAAGCAUAUCAUGGCUGUGUAUAGUUGCCGCUUAAAAAUUGUAAUCGACCAGCAAUAUUUUCAGUAUUUUGGUGUUUUUUUCUAUUAACCUUUCAUGUUUUUCAUCUUCCAAUUAAUAUUUGGGGGGGAGGGGUUUCAAAUUUAUACGAAUUAUGCAAUACCAAGUUUUGCCUAUGUAGGUAGUGCUUUUAGCUGUAUUGGUUAUUAUAGGUAAGUACACAGAUUUAAAAAAAUAAUGUAUGCUUUUUUGUUUGUUUGUUUGUUUUAAUUGACCAAAGUGGGUACUGCUAUUUUUGCAGUGUGAUGAGGUCCUUUUGUGUACUGAGAGAUGGACAGGGGAUUUUUUUUUUUAAUAUACAUAUAUAUAUAUUCUGGGGUGGGUGGGAGGAUUUUUAACACUUUACAGUGUAGCUGUGAAGCAGUGCACCCUGAGAUGGGCCUGGGCUGCAAAGCGACUGUUCUGCCUACUGUGACAAACUUCAACUUACACAGGUUCCCCUUUCUAACUUCCCACCUGGGGUGCAAGCUGAACUCAUUACUGGUUUUCAUAACAACACAAUAGUAAGAACAAGCAAACACCACAAAUUCUCCUGGAGGCAGACUUGGCUUAAAAGGCAGACUUGGCUUGGUGAUAGUUUUUCUUGAAAGUUCCAGAUCCACAGUGGAGAGUGAGCCUGUCUCAUAUUUGGCAAAAAUAUUUGUUGAAAUGUCCACAUAGGGGAUGCUGGAUGUUUAACGCUUUUGGGGGUCUAACACAAGAAUAUUCUUUCUCCUAGAAAGCACGUUAGACCUGUUGGAGGGAGUCUCCCAUGUUCCUUCUCCGCCACUUUUUGUCCCCAUUCCUUCAUUUCAUUAAUGAUAGGAUAUGAUUUAUCUGUGACUUACUACUUCAAAUGGAUGGCAGUGCACUUGGAUUUUUUUUUUUUAAAUAUCCAGAAGAUUGAACAGAGGGUUGCUAUUGUUGAAUGUAUUUGGACUGAUAGAUUAAAAUCAAGGUUCAAUUUUUAAGGAACAAAAAAGUAAAUCCUGUUUUCAUUUUACCUGCUCUUUUAAAACUGAGAACCAGAACAGAAUGGAAAUAUAGAAUUUUAAGCAAUUAAUUUUCCUGUGGAUUAAUUAAACCCAUUAGAUGCUGAUGGGAUUUUUUUAAGGAAUGGUACCUUAACUAUAUAUUUGAUUUCAUUUCCCCUGAGGGCUAGAGGCUGAAUGGAGGCUGGUUUUAUUUUGCCCUUCCCUCACCCCUCAGUCCCACUGAGUGUAUUCAUUACUAGAAGGAAAAUCUUUCAGAAUUAGCGACACAUGGUAGCCUGUCUUAAGGAGUCCCCUGGCCCCCUUCCCCUAGGCCAUGGCCUAAUAAAGUAAACUGUCAAUUGUUCUCACAGCAUAUCAUUUAAUAAUGAAUACUUUAGAACAAUGCUUAUGGGCUGGAGAAUUGUAUUUGAUUAGCCCAUUCAGUUUGAUAGCCCAAAUACUGAACAGCACAGCGGGAUCCUAGCAGUGCAAGUUCAAAAGUAAGUCCAAUCAUUUCCGUGAUACUUGCCUUGGUAGCAAACAGAUCAUCUCAGCCAAGCUCUUCAUGUAUCUUUGACCUAUUAGGUGAACAAAUGAACCUCACAGGACACACAGUAUUUUUUAAAGGCAGACUCGCUCUCUUUUUUGCCAGUGAAUGAGCAGUUCUAGUGAACAAAGUUACACACUGUGGGUAUUCCUGCCUGCCUCUUGAAUACAAAGGCCUAGUUCAAGUGUUGCUUUUUAUUUCAAAUCAAUUUUUUUUCUUCUUUCCUUUUUGAGAUAAAACUAUUAAAAGUACUACUAUAUAUAUAAAAUCUCAAAUCAACUUUUCGGCCUCCUCCUCAUAUACCAGGAAGUAUAUUCUGACGAAGGGCCCCACUUUUGCAGGUCUUGCACGCCCCUCCCUUACCCAGAACUGCAGAGCUUCAGGAUGGUGAAGGUUACCCACGGGCAUGGGCAUGAGUAGGGGGUGGUGUCUCCAACCACCAGUUCCGUGGCACUGUCCAGCCUCUGUGCUGCUCUGCCACCCAGCACUCCCAGUGCCUCUGAAGCGUGUUUACCCUGGAGUGACGUGAGCAUUUGAGGCUUGUCUAAGGAAAAAAAUAAAAGGCAGUGAAGGAGACUGUACAUAAAAACAUGGCAAAAAUCUUAAUUAUAGCAAUAUAGUUAUCGGGUAAUGUUCGGGUGGGCAGCUCCAUUAAAAAAAUAUGUGAAUGAAUCUGUGAAGCUGCAAGUAGUGAGAAGAGCGAAAGGUCUUCUUAAUGAACCGCCUACCUUGUAGACAGUAAUUUGUACACUGUAUAGUUUUGUUAAGAAUUUUUUUUUAAAUUAAAAUUCCCAUGUUUGUAAAGCUAACUUUUUAACAAUUAUAAUGGAACUAUAUGUUGUUUCCAUUUUUAAAGUAAACAAGAAUAUUCCUUGUUUGGAGACUGGACUUGAGUUAAAACUCUCCAGUCUCUUAAGUUAUGUAUUAAAAAAAAAAAUCUGUCCAUGUUAGGAGUUAUUUCACAGAUUCCUGUGCUUGAAAAGCAUAGGAUACUAAUCCUUUAAAAAAGUGUAAAUGGAGAAAAGUUAUAUUUUAUGAAGGUUAU